AUGUUGCUUGAAGAAGCAAUAUUUUCCCAGGACGUCUGCAAUAAUAAAACAUGUUUAGAAAGUAUUACCCACGACCUACCAAAGACAAACCUAAAUUAUGAAUGGGACCCCAGAGAAUUACACGCAAACUUUGAUGAAACAAAAACCGGUGACGCAAACCUUGCGUUAAGAAUAAAUGAUAAACGAAAACUGGAACAUAACGAUGUUCUCACUAAAUUAAAGUCGUGCAUGAUAAGAAUAAACUCAAAAAUUGAACAUGAAAUAAGAAUUCAGUCAAGAUAUACAAAAAACUAUAUAAAUCAGGUAUUUAAGGAAUGUGAAACAUUCAUAAAUAGCGAGGAUAUAUCCGAAAAAAAUGUUUUAAACUUAAAAGAAGAAAUUUUUAAUAACAUGGAGAAAUAUAUAAUGACAAAUAAUACUAACCGCGAUAAAAAAGUGGAUUUAUUUAUUAGGUUCUUAAUAGAAUUGGAAAAACAUCGCAUUGGUAUUUAUAAGGAACUGUUUAGAGCAGCUUACAAUAAAUGUACAAACAUAAGCUACAUGCUGCCUUACAAUUUAAAUGUUUUCUUUCAAUAUGAAAUAAUGCAAUUAUGGAAUAAACAGCUUAAAGAAAUUCAGAAUGAAUUGGAUGAAACUCAAAUUUUCAUUAAAAAUGUAAAAAUCCUUUGGGAUGGACAUUAUUUUAGAAUAGACGAUUUGCAAAAUUUGGUUGAAAUGGAUUUGCAGCAAGUUAUCACAAAAAAUGGUUUGCAUUGUGAGGUAUAUGAAAAUAAAUUUAACCUUAUAAUUGAUAAAUUGAGGCAACAACCAUCUGAAGCAAAACUUAAAAAAGUAUUAGACGAGGCGUUUAAAUUUCUACGUAAUGUUGACAAUAUGUAUACAUCGCAAGAAAAGGCAGAAAUAGUUGUUGUAAAAAAAUACUUAGACAACAUAAAAAUGGAAAUUGGAGUACUGAGACCUGAAAUACAAAGAUUUCUUAAGACUUUUCAAAUUGAUGAGUACUUUGAUCCAAAAAGUCAAAGACCAAGAGCAAGUAAAACUAAAAUUGUGGUGGAUCCCAGCGAAUAUUUAAUGAAUCCUGAUAUAACAUUGUGCAAAUACAAAACUUACCUAUUGAAAAAUUGGAUGUUUGGGUAA